AUGGGAGAGAUAUUCUUGGACAAAACACUGGGGUUUCUGUCGUCAGACAAGCAGAAGGACCGUGCUGAUGGCCUAGCAGACCUGAAACAUAUCUUACAACAAAAUAAACAGAGCUCAAAGCUGCUGGACCUCAGCGAUAAAGCCUGCCACAAAAUCUUUGAAUCCUUGUUUCGAUUCGUUGCGCUAGAAAGAUCAAUUUACAAUCGUGCCCAAAGAUCGAAUUCCAAGAGCCCAUCUAGUACCCGACUGUCAACAUGCGCAUCGGUGCUUCGGAAUGCGGUCGAUACCUUUUUGCGGAACUUAAGAACCAAGACCGUCCGUGCCAUAAUUGACCAUAUCACCGAGACCAUACCGAUUCCAGGAGAAGAUCUAUGGGGACCUUUGAGUGUCGAUUAUACGAAAUGCUUGGCAUCUUUGCUACGCCAUGCUCCCCAUACCGAGCAUCUCGGCGAUGCAGAAUGGGAGAAACUCAUGGAUUUCUGCCUUGCAGCCAUCAGUGUGGAAGAUGCGAAUGAGAACCAGCUCAGUAUUCGCAGUGGUCAUCGUUCUGCCCCCGAGGAGGCACUUGACGGUAGCGACAGCCCCUCAAGUUCUUUCAGAAUGACCCCAACCCCGACUCAGAGAGAAAAAUACAUGGGUGAUAGAAACAACAUUGGGGAGGUAUUAGCAUGCAUACAACUUUUGACUGCGAGUCCCAGUGCCCCCGUGCAAGCUGCGGCCGAGAACAUACUCCAGGGCCUGGUGGAGUUCGUCAAGUCGCCAUCCAUAAUGGCUGGAAAUGCUCACCAGCUUGCAUUCAGUAGCAUCAAUACAGUCGUUACAAAAGUCUUUUUUGAUCAAUCCGAGCUGGUUCGAUCAUCCUUGUUGACCCUGAUCCCGGUAAUUCGACGUCUUUGGACCACUAAAUUUCACAGCCUGAAAGACGAGCUCCUCGCUACCUUGAUGCUGUGCAUGGUUAUUCUGGUCGAUGCGGCUGCCAAGGACCCGACUGAGUCAUUAAUGCUCUUGAUAGAGAGGUUGGCCGAUUCCUUGCAUUCUGAAUAUGUGAAGCGACCGGAGAAAGACCAGUUGCAAAUCGACGAUAUUGUCUUUUAUCACACGACGGUAGACAGCAACGCAUCAAUUUAUGGCCCUCGUUUGGGAAAUACUCGUUCAGAACAUAAUUGGACAAUUAUAUGGGUGAUUGCGAACCUCUUCAAGCUUUUAAAUUCACUUGCAAACCAAUUUCCGGGCUCUGAGCCCGAUCACGAAAUAUCGCACAAAAGACAGCGAGUCAAUUCGGUGAUGGAAGACAUUGUUCGAGACGCUACAUCGGCAACUGGCACACGAAAGAUCUGUGCACUGCAAUUAAUCCCAUUCCUAGAAAAGGACAUGGAUGUUGAAAGUAAGGAGGCCAUUACGCAGCGACUGGUCCCGUGUAUCCUUGAUGAUAGUGCGACUGUAUCGUCUUGGACUAUGUUGGCUCUGACUAGCAUUGCGAAGGGAUCAAAUGCGAGAUUCCCCGUUUUCAAGGCCCAUUGGCCACGGGCAAUAGACCUUACAAUCCGUUCAUUCUCCUCGUCUGGCACAUCGCGGGCCGCUUGCAAGUUGACCAGUUCCAUCUUGGAAGCAGACUUGUUAGAUUAUUCGAUAGCGACUGAUACCAUACGAUCCUUGCUCUCGUCUGCGAACUUCAAUGGGCCUUCUGCUAUCUCAGACUCUUCCCUAGAGCUGUGGUCGCUGAUUGCACGGACGAACCCUGAUUCAAUUCAAAAUUCUUCUAAUCAAAUUUGCAAUUGGUUGAGAGAAGUUUGGACGAUUGGUGCCGUAACAGACAGGGUUCAAACGGCCAAUGUCGCCAUGUAUGCCCGCCCACUGGACCUACUUAAUCUUUUUUUGGCAUGCACAAAUCGAUCCGUUGACCUUCCGUGUCUCCCACAAAUAGGCCUCUCAGGAACCAUCGCUAAGACCUGGUUUUUCUUUCACGAAAAUCGAGGGAUUCUGGAGUAUCUUUUCAAUACUGGGGGCUCUUUCGGAAGUUGGAGACCAUGGGACCGGAAUACCGCAUGGAGCUUGAAGCUCCAGACCCGGGCAGAACCUGAUGAUGAGGUGAUUCUAGAGCUUUUGCGAUCAAAAUCGGAAGCAUUUCUUCAAAUGUGGAAGACAUUGACUGAAGAGAAGUCAUACAAUGUCACUGGUGAUCUUCUCCAAAUCUCAGUUUCUUUCUGUAUCGCCUCUGGUCUUUAUGUGGCAUGUCUUCCUCCACAUCUAGCGCCAAAGAUACAAGACGCCCGGCAGAAUUGCCAGACCCUGUGGUGUGGCAUAUGCGAUUUCCUGGCAACACAUGGAUCCCACUUCAUGCAGGCGUGCCUUGGGAUAUUAUCGCCUGUACUUCCUUCACUGUCAACUCCAGACACCCAGUCCGUUAUUUGGGCGGGUCUGUAUCCGCUUGUUGUUCCGCUCGCCAACAUACUUGAAAAAUUUCGCCAAGACCAGAAGGAACAUCGCUUUGCUUCCACAGAUAUAAUGGACUUGGAUGAUCAACUGACAUCAAAUGAAGAAGAACAAUCUGCUGGCCAUAUGAUCCUUUCUUUGAACCGAGAAUCUAUCCCUCUAUUUCCAGACACAGUCUCUUUUCAGCGCUGCUUGACUGUCCAUCUCUCCCUUCUGCUCAGAUCACAGCCUGCCGCCCCCUAUCAUGAGCCAUCCGAAUAUUCGAGCCUGGCUGAAUACCUGGCUAGCCUGGAUGAAGCAGAUCUCCUCGCUGCCCGUCAUGUUCUACCUGAGGCCUACUAUUGCUGUUCGAAAAUGGGACGAGACGACGUUCUCCGAAUAAUUGAAGAUACUGGAGAAACAUGUCUCCAGUCAUAUGAAAUGGAACGCUGUGAAGCAUCUCAUAAUGCUUGUAUUCGUAUGAUGACCGGCGUUGUUGCAUGUUGGACAGGAACUCAGAGCGAUACUUUGAAUGAAUCAGCCAUGGAUCUGUAUAGCUGGUUCAUGGAGGCUCUCCUCGCUCGAAAGAGAGCGUCCCCCAGGGUUUACAUCGUUAUGUCUGAAUUAAUACAGGCGGUCCUUGAUAUAUGCCCUUCAUACGGAAGUGAGCAAUCGCUUCCGUCACCGCGAACAAGUCUAUUCACAAUCCUCCAUGAGGGGGAUGCUCAAGUUAAAUUCAGUGUUGCCAAUUUUGUUCCGACUCUUUUCGAAAGAUUUCUUCUUAAGGACCACGAUGCAAUCUUCGACGAUGUGCUGGAAAGUCUACCCAGAGACCCAGACUGGAUCGAGGGGAUUGCUCUUCGCCUGUUUGUCUUGUCUCUGUUGGCUUCUGAAUGGCAUACCUUGCUACGAAGAAGCAUUUACCAUAUGUUCGAAACACCAGCCCAGGUCCCGCUCUCUUUGCAUUAUGCUCGUAAAUGUAUGAAAUACGUUUCCAAGGCCCGAGGGCUAGAAGACGGCAGACAGCUGUUUCGGCUUUUUGCGUCCCAGAUACUUUACACAUGGACGGAGACCCAGCCAAUCACUUCAAUGCCAUAUGGCAUCUUUGGGUAUGGGAGCCUCAAAGAAAUGGUCGCUGAUGUGAAGGAGGAGCUCGUUGGGCAGAUGAUGAUGCGUGCCAAAGAGUCAGAAACACAAGAACUCGCAGCCCUUCUCGAAGAGCCCCACAUCAAGCUGCUGGAAACGUCGUUUCACAAAGCAGAGGCUUACAGUGUUGCUCGUGACAUCUCCACUCCACCAGAACAGGGGAGCCAGCCGAAAGGUAUGGAAUUCCGACUGAGAAAGCUGCUCGGCGCCCCCGGAUUUCUGGUCCAAGUGGAAAGCCAAUUUCCUCAAAUAAUUGCCAAUCUUUUCAAGGCGCUUGACAGAUAUGAUCAGAUUGAGCGGGCCUACAGCAAACGCCCCGCCUUCCGCUAUGCGCUUGAUAUCCAGACCCAAAUUGCCAGUAGAUGCAAUCCUCAAAGUUUGUUGCCCGCAAACCAGCAGCCAUCUUUCCGAGCUCGUUAUCUCUUGGACGAGCUGGAUUUUAUUUGCAACCGUGCAGGAUUUGAACUCGAGUCGAUAUGGACACCGACUUUGAUUUCGUUCAUUUGCCGAUCCCUGUUGGAGUCGAUCCACCCUGCUUUGGGAUCGCUCCAUACAUGUUCUGUUAUUCGAAAGAUUAGGAUUUUAGUUUGUCUGGCUGGCCCAAUAAUUUUGGAGGAUUAUCCAUUUGAGAUGCUUUUACAUGCCUUACAGCCAUUUCUUGUUGAUGUUCAUUGUUGCGAAGAUGUGCUGGGUAUUCUUUGGUAUCUCCUCGACGCUGGAAAGACAUACUUGACGCGUGCUCCGGGGUUCAUGGCAGGGAUUUGUAUAUCCACACUUGUCACACUUCGCAAGCUCUUCACAUCAUCUCCCGAAAGCACAACACAGGAGAGUCAGUUCAGGACAGUGUUUGCGAACGCGCAACUUUUUCACCAAUGGCUUUAUGAUGUCAUCAAAGCAUACGAUUGUUCGGAUUGGAGUGCAGAUGACCAGAAGUCCUUCUCUCAACUUCUCAAUAUUGCACAACAAUUUUCGGUCAUCGGUGAUUCGCUGAAUGGUCAAAAUGAAAAAUAUUUGGUAUUCCAAGUGCUGAAAGAUCGCAACUCUGCACAGCCUUUGUUGAGCAAAUCGAUUGGCGACAAUGUACUAUCCCUACUAUGCCCUGAGAUUAAGCAACCGUUGGAAAAGGACGACCUCAGUCUUGACUCAGCCUCCCACGUUGUUUCGCUAUGGGACACUCUGGAUAAAUUUGACAGCGGACCCGAGUACUCUUUAUGGGCAGCUCGGCUUAUCGGACGUUCAUUCGCUGCUACAGGCAAAAUAGACGAAAGCUUGCUGAGAGAGCAAAAACUUUCGCUCUUCAAAGCAUCUGACAUAAACGAUCAACUUGACAGCCUCUGUCAGUCCAAGGCUAGCAUUCUCCAAAUCCUUUGCGAGAAGCUACCCAACCACAACCAUGUGGAGGCUGGUCUGAUUGAACGUACUCUCCAACUGAUUCUCAGCAAAAUAGCGCAGUUUCCAGACUUUCAAGGCUGCGCGGAAGUCAUCCCCGAAUCCUUGAUGAAAGCCCUUAUCUGGAAUCCGUACAGCUGCCCUGAUAUUAUACUCUCGGGACCCGAAGUCGACAUUUGUACUAAAGCAAACGCGAAUGUAUCUGGGCUUUCCGUGGUUGACUGGGCUCGCAAUACUUCCCUCCUCCUGUGUAAUGUCUCCUUGAACGAUCCUGUGAUUGGUUCCCUGCGCAAGGUUCUUAACGUGAUUCCUGGAUUGGCCGUGCAAUUACUGCCGUAUAUCGUCCACGACGUUAUACUCGCAGAAGACAGAAAAGGGCAGAUUCGGCAGGAAAUUUCUGAGAUUUUCAGACAAAUUUUGCGCGAAGUGCAUGGCGAAACGAUGGCUCAUGCUCGGAGUGUGAUCAAUUGCAUCCUUUAUCUUCGCAAUCAACCUGUCCCAGAUGAAUCAACUAUUGUUGAGCGGGAUACGUGGCUUGAUAUCGAUUUUGGAGAAGCUUCUUCCGCUGCGCAUCAGUGUGGCUUACAAAAAACUGCGCUUCUGUUUCUUGAGAUCCAGGCAAAUAGGGCUGUUGCAGGAUCACGUCGCUCAUCUGUCGUGAAAUAUGAACCUCCAUUGGAACUUCUCCAUGACAUUUUCAAGAAUGUGGAUGAUCCAGAUCUGUUCUACGGGAUCCAGCAGAGCUCCUCCCUGACCACGGUUAUGGAGAGAUUGGAGUACGAGAGCUCCGGACUCAAAAAUCUUCUGUUCCAGAGUGCACAAUAUGACAGCGAAAUUCAAGUAUCUGAAAUCGCGAAUCCUUCCGGGGUGCUGAAAGCUUUGAAUGCUGCGAACCUGCAGGGUGUUGCCAAUACAAUGCUUUCGGCCGGAGGGAGAACAAAGAAUAUGCCCUUUUCCACAGUCAAUAUGCUGCAGGGAGCAACGAGCCUCCAGCAAUGGGAUCUGCCUGUAUCACCAUUGGACUCGUCCCCGUCAGCGACAGUAUUUCGUGCAUUUAAAAGCCUUAACACCUCGUCUUCUCUACCAGAGAUAUUUGAUUGUAUCGAUGGAUGUCUUUUGGCGACAAUCAACUCCUUAACCGACACCGGUCGAUCUGCAAUCCAGAUCAGAAACACAAUGCGUGCCUUAGGUAUUAUGACAGAGAUGAGUGAUGUAAUCCAGUCAUCAUCCUCCGAAGAAAUGAACAAUGAGUGGAAGCGGAUCCAAGAUAGCAGCAGCUGGCUGAAAACUGAAAGCUAUCACGAGGUUGGAGAGAUUCUAAGUUGGCACGAGGCAUUGUUCUCAUCUAUCAGGAAGAGUGACCUGCUCAAGUUAAGCUCCAAGAUGAAACUCGCAGAGUCAUGCCUACUUGAAGCGAACGUCUUCCGCCAAUCCCUCGAUAUUACUAGGAAACAUGCUGUGUCCCAGGCAUCUCUUAAAUCAGCAAUCAGCCUCUCAAGGCUGGCUGAACCAUGUGCUCAGCUGGGGAUGAACAUUGAUGGGGCGACUAAGUUUGAUCUUGCUAAUGUGCUCUGGGACCAGGGCGAGAUGACUGCAUCUAUUCGAAUGCUGCAGCUUCUUAAAGGUCAAGGUGAUUUACAAAAGCAAGCGAUUCCACUGAGCCGCUCCGAAUUGCUUGUCACUUUAGGUCAUCAUGUCGCCGAAGCACGCCUGGAGAAGCCAGAUUCAAUCCUUCAAGACUACCUCUCUCCGGCAGUCAAAGAACUGAAAGGUGAAUCGGCAGGAGAAACUGCGGGGCGAGUUUACCAUGGAUUCGCAGCGUUCUGUGACCAGCAGCUACUGAACGCUGACGGACUGGAAGACUUCAAGCGAGUGGAACAAUUGCGCAAUCGUAAAGAGAAAGAGCUUCGAGGCCUGGAGGAUAUGAUGAAAAAUGCAGAGGGCCGGGAAAAGGACUCCCUGAAAAAUUUCCGUUCGAAGGCGAAGCAGUGGUUCGAUCUUGAUGAUCGCGAAUACCAGCGUUUGCUGCGAAGUCGAGAAGCCUUCUUGCAACAGUGUCUCGAAAACUAUCUACUUGCCUUGCAAGAGAGUGAUGCCUACCACAACGAUGUCCUUCGAUUCUGUGCUCUUUGGCUAGACAAGUCUGAUAGCAAGAUUGCCAAUGCGGCCGUCUCCAAACAUCUCCAUGAGGUGCCGAGCUAUAAAUUCGCCCCACUCAUGAAUCAGCUCUCUUCUCGCCUGCUUGAUGUCUCCGACGAUUUCCAGGCGCUACUGGAUGGGCUCGUGUACAAGAUCUGCGUUGAACACCCAUACCACGGCAUGUAUCAGAUCUUUGCCAGCAGCAAGUCCAAAGGAGGAAAAGACCCUUCCUCCCAUUCUCGAUUCCGUGCCGCAAACCAGCUUGUGGAUCGUUUGAAGAACGAUAGCAAAAUAGGCCCGACCUGGGUGGCGGUUCAUAAUAUGAAUAUAACCUACGUCCGCUUUGCGGUCGACAAGCCGGACCCCAAAUUCAAAACUGGGGCCAGAAUCCCUCUGAAGAAACUUCCUACUGGUGAGCGUCUUGGACAAGAUGCACUCACAUACAAACUACCGCCACCAACUAUGAAGAUCGAGCUCCGGCGGGACCGGGACUACAGCAAAGUUCCUACUGUCGCCAAAUUCUCCUCUGAAUUCACACUUGCAUCUGGCGUCAGCGCGCCUAAGAUUGUUACAGCCACUGCAACUAACGGUGUCCGUUACAAGCAGCUGUACAAAGGAGGAAAUGAUGACCUUCGUCAAGACGCGAUCAUGGAGCAAGUAUUUGAGCAAGUCAGCAGUGUUUUGAAUGAUCACCAGCCAACCCGCCAGCGAAACUUGGGAAUCAGGACCUACAAGGUGUUGCCGUUGACCCUCCAUGCAGGUAUCAUCGAAUUUGUCCCCAAUACUAUUCCCUUGCAUGACUACCUGAUGCCUGCGCAUCAACGUUAUUUCCCCAAAGAUAUGAAGCCAAGUGCCUGUCGAAAACAUAUCGCCGAUGUGCAGAAUCGAUCAUUUGAGCAGCGAGUCAGGACAUAUCGCCAAGUAACAGAGCACUUUCAUCCAGUGAUGAAGUACUUCUUCAUGGAGAAGUUCAACAACCCCGAUGACUGGUUCAGCAAGCGACUUGCUUAUACCCGAAGUACCGCUGCAAUUUCAAUCCUCGGUCACAUCUUGGGACUUGGCGAUCGGCAUGGACAUAACAUCUUGUUGGAUGAGAAGACAGGUGAAGUUGUUCACAUUGAUCUGGGUGUCGCAUUUGAACAAGGGCGUAUUCUGCCCGUUCCAGAAGUCGUGCCCUUCCGGCUGACUCGGGAUCUUGUUGACGGGUUCGGCAUUACCAAGACAGAGGGUGUGUUCCGGCGAUGCUGUGAAUUUACUUUGGAGGCACUCCGACAAGAGUCGUAUAGUAUCAUGACUAUUCUUGAUGUUCUUCGUUAUGAUCCACUGUACAGCUGGACUGUGUCGCCGCUGCGAAUGAAAAAGAUGCAGGAUAAUCAGGAUGCGGGUGACGGGCUUCCUGUUGUGCCAGGGACAACAGAUCAAUCUUCGACGAAUGAGCCAAGCGAGGCUGACCGAGCUUUGACGGUGGUCGCAAAAAAAUUGAGCAAAACACUCAGUGUGACUGCAACUGUGAAUGAACUUAUCCAGCAGGCAACGGAUGAAAGGAAUCUUGCUAUGCUGUAUUGUGGUUGGGCCUCGUACGCUUAAUGAACUUAAUGUCCUUUAGCACAUUCUUUGCACAUGUUAUAUCCUCUUGCAUACAAGCCUCCAAGUA